AUGCCGACUUUGACAGUAGAUGCGGAGGCGUUGUACGAGAGGUUGAAGGGGCACGUGAGCGGUUUGCCGUUGACGUUCGAGUUGUUCGGUUUUGUGAAUGUAUUGGAGAAGUUGGCUUUCGACUACGGGUUGGAGUAUGACGGGUUGGAUGAGACGUCAGUGGGAGGUGCGGGUAUGGUGGCAAUGGGUGGAGCGAUACGUCCGCGGGUGCGUGUGGACAUUCCGGCGAACCGUUACGAUCUGUUGUGUUUGGAGGGGUUGGCUGAGGCCUUCGUGCGUUACGUGGAGCCGACAGUGUUGCCCUUUCCGGAGUACAAGUACGUCUCUAGCACGGGUGUUGUCAGCGAUUCUAUCCAGUCAAGUACAAACGGUAGUCAAAUAACGGUGCGCGUGCGUGCAAGUGCAUAUCCGUUGCGGCCUUACUGUGUGGCAGCAGUGUUCCGAGGGGUGAGCUUUGAUGGUGUCACAUUUGCGUCGUUCAUCGACUUGCAAGAUAAAUUGCACCAGAAUUUAGCGCGACGACGAACGCUGGUGUCAAUGGGUACUCAUGACCUCGACCAAUUAGCCGGGUGUGAGUUUGAGUAUGGCUGCCUGCCAAGACGAGGGGGUUUCCACUUUAGACCGCUGAAUCAGACGGUAGAGGUGGACGGUGAGGGUAUGAUGAGUCUGCUGGCCGAGAGCUAUCUUAAGCCCUAUCUUGGUAUCAUCGCCGACGCGGACGCCUUCCCUGUCGUACAAGACGGACAAGGUCGUGUCGCCUCUGUGCCACCUAUCAUCAACUCCGACUUCAGUAGAAUGGGUGUAAAUACCACCAAUGUCUUCGUCGAAAUCACUGCAACCGACCAUCACAAGGCCGAAAUCGUACUUGACCAGAUCGUCGCAUUCAUGGCCGAUAAAAUGCCGACACCAUACACUGUCGAACCCGUCACAAUCAUUUACGACCCUGACCAUCCCGGCUUAGACGCACGCGUCCUCAACGGACUGCUCCCAAAAGGAGAUGAGACCGCCGUAGGCAAGACCGCCGUAGGCAAGACCGCCGUAGGCAAGACCGACGUAGGCAAGACCGACGUAGGCAAGAUCGACGUAGGCAAGAUCGACGUAGGCAAGACCGACGUAGGCAAGACCGACGUAGGCAAGACCGACAGGUGGGUAACACACGAGAUAGUUACACCGCGACUAAACACAAGUCGUUUCAAGUUAAGCCUCGACUACUGCCGUAAGGUUAUCGGCCUGAGCACGCUUGAUAUGCAGACGGUGCUGGACGUCCUUCCCAAAAUGGGUUUACGGGUAUUACCGGAAUCGAACAAGUCUGAUACCCAGUACAUAACGGUUGAAUGUCCGAUCACACGGCGGGAUAUUCUGCACCCCUGCGACAUUGUGGAAGAUAUUGCAAUUGCUAUAGGCUACAAUAACAUCGGCUAUCAUGCGAUGCAAGCUGUUAAGUUCCAGACGAUGCAAAACCUCACUGAGACGACACGACGGCUUGUGGCUGAGGCGGGUUGGAAAGAGUGUUUGACAUUCGGACUGGUGAGCCACAAAGACUGCUACGCCGCCCUUCGACGUACAGAUGGUUUGACCGACACCAAUAAAAUCUACUACUCCCACAACUCGGCACCCGUUAUCGUUCAAGAGCCUAAGACGCGAGAAUUCGAGAUCGUCCGCCCCACCCUAAUUCCUGGACUUCUCAAUACACUUAGCUCAAACCAGGCACAAAAUCUUCCUAUCAAACUCUUCGAAAUGGGCGAAGUACUCAGCUCCACCACUACACCAUUCACUGAACCAAAUUCCGCCACCAUUGUUAGAGAUAAUCACACGAUCCAAAAACGAUACUUCUCAGCCCUCAUGGCCGACGCAAACAAGAGUUGUUUAGAAAAUGUACAUGGGCUUCUCGACUACGUUCUUAUGAGACUUGGCUUCAAAGCUGAAUACUCACAAAUUACAAACGCAAGAGCUCAUCAUAAUUAUUACCUCAGACCCAUUGACCGGGAAGGACCAUUUUUGAAGAAGAGACAAGUGGACAUCAUGGCUUAUAAUAAAGAAGAUAAAUCUGACCAGGUCUGUAUCGGCGUCAUGGGUGUGAUCCAUCCCGAAACUUUGGGUUACUAUGGAAUACCCUUCCCUUGCUCACUAUUCGAAAUAACCUUGGAACCAAUCGUUCACUGGCUGGACGAAAUCAGCCUGUCAGCGCCCUAG